AUGGGCUGCUCGAUCAAAUCAGAGCCAUCCGAAUCAGAGCCGUCCGGAGUGGGUCCGGCGCCACCACGUCCGGUACUGCCUGAGGGACUUGCUAAGCUGCCGCUGCGGCAGCGACUCAGAGCAAUUCAGCAGUUCAUAAGCUCGUUCGAGUACAACUACACCCCAGAGACCUACUUCAACGUUCGCAAGAAGCGGCCUCUGAAGCGCAUUGUUGACACCGGGCGGCAGAUCAUACGCGAUGCUCUGCCAAUCAAGUGCGUAGAGGCCGUCUUUCUGGCACUUCUUUUGACGUCGGGCUUGGACAUCGAUCGGAUUCCGCUUGGCUUCAAGACGGCAGUUGAUGGCCAGGAGUUCCGCCACAUCGUUCUCGUAGUGCGGAACGGAGGCCGGUACGGCGCCCUGGGCAUCAGCCGGCGGAAGGAGCUCAUGUUCAAGGACCUCGUCUUUAACAGUUUGGCCGCCAUUGUCACAGACUUCAAGCAGUCGUACGAGCGGUGGUGGCACACCGUGCUCAAGAUACGGGUCGGCUUGCCGGUAGAGCAUGACGCGCACUCGCAGAAUCAGAUAUGCUGGCGGUACCUCCUUCUCAAGGUGUCAAGUCGACCGUGGGAAGAGUGCUGCACCGCGUUGGAUUUGCACGCCUCCUGCGCGUCAAAACUGUGGGACAAGUGGGUUGUAAGUCAGGCCAAGCUCGCGCAGAGCAGCAAGCAAGAAACGUCCGCCUCUAGUUUGAGAAAAGGCCGGGUGUCACCGGACAGUGAACCGGACGGCAGCGGCUGUCCGGUGUUGUCUGACGGUCCGGUGAUUCGUUCCGCCGGAAAGGGGUCCGUUUUGCGGCGCUCCAAGCGGUCAUCUCAUAGCGGAAAGCGGAAGGGCUGCGGCCUGCUUUCCGUCAAGUCGGCGCCGGACCUGGUGGAGAUCGGCUUGGCAGCGGAAUCCGCAACGGAAUCGAGAUCCGACAAGGCAGCGGAAUCUUUGACGGAAACGCGUUCACAAACUGGUGAUGCAAAAAGAGGAGAAUUACCAGGGGUGGAAAUGGAUAGCAGCAAAAUGAUCUUGAUAUCAGAGUCGAGAACCGGGUCCCCCAUCAAGGACGAAGAAAGCAGUGAGAGCGAUUCGGACGCUCCGUCCUCGCCCUCUGCUAAGGUUUCUUACUAA